AUGGCUGAACUGAAGGAAGAAGAGUACGUUCAUAAGGUUUACAAUGAAAUAGCGGGCCAUUUUUCAGAGACUAGGUACAAACCUUGGCCCAUAGUCACGAAAUUUCUGCUCGGUCAAGCUGUGGGGAGUAUUGGUAUAGACGUUGGUUGUGGUAAUGGGAAGUAUUUGAACGUAAAUCCGAAUGUUUUUAUCAUUGGAUCAGAUCGUUCUUCAGGGCUUAUACAGUGUGCGAAUGAGAUUGAUCCUGGCCAUAACGUGUUGGUCGCCGAUGGAAUGCAACUGCCGCACAGAAACAAUACCUUUGAUUUUGCAAUCUCCAUAGCAGUGGUACAUCAUUGGACCACAAGAGAGAGAAGAAUUGCCGCCAUUGGUCAUAUUUUGAGUAAAUUGAAAGCUGGCGGAGAGGCACUGAUAUACUGUUGGGCAUUAGAACAAGGUAAUUCCCGGCGUGGGUACUGUGAAGGCAUGGAGCAGGAUGUUUUGGUGCCCUGGGUGCUACAGGCUAAAACCAAGAAGACACAGAUGGAAGCUACCAAACAAGCAGUAGAGAAGCCCGAUCUUAGAAAAGUUCCAUUGAAAGAAAGGUGUGCAUACAUUGCCAAUUGGAGGAAACAAGUAGAGGAAAAGAGGCUAAAAGACCUUCAAGAGAUCAAGAAUCGUCAGCAAAAAGAUGAGAAGAAUCAAACUAAGUACAGAUUUUACCAUUUGUACCGAGAAGGUGAACUAGAAGAAGACUGCGAAAGCGCAGGAGGAUCUUUGGUCUCUGGUGGCUACGAAAAGGACAAUUGGUACGUAGUGGUGAAGAAACCAGAGGUCUAG